UCUAGGUGCAUAUAGUGGAAGUUGUGUUGCGUCCCGCCAAAAAGUUAACACGCGUACAGCAGGUGUUUGUAUUGCUGUGUCAAAGUGUCGGUUGGAAUUAUAACCUCUACGACAUCACGAUAAACGUGAAGGGUGUAAAAUUUUAUAAGUUAUACAACUAAAUUAACUUCAUCAUUAGUUGCGUUGUGCUGUUAUGUGUAUAUCGUUGAAAUGACUGCGAAUUUGGACUCGUUGACCGCUGCGCUCAAUAAAACAUCGCUCACGCCUGGUGGAGUCUCUUUUGCUGGGAGAGGACUUAAAUUAAACAACGCUGAAGAUGCGAAAGAAAUCGUCGAGGCAAUAAACAAUUGCCCAGACUUACAAUUUCUGAACCUAGAGGGCAACACGCUCGGAAUUGAAGCAGCAAAAGCUAUAUCCCAAGCACUGAAAAAUAAAAGUGAAUUCCAAAGGGCAUUAUGGAAGGAUCUCUUUACAGGUCGCAUGAAAGAUGAAAUUCCUAUAGCUCUCAGACACUUGGGUGAUGGUCUGCUUACAGCAAAUGCAAGAUUAGUUGAACUAGACUUGAGUGACAAUGCAUUUGGACCUAUUGGAGUUGAAGGCUUGGCUUCUUUACUUAGAAGUUCAUGUUGUUACCAACUUCAAGAGUUAAGACUCAAUAACAAUGGUCUGGGUAUAGGUGGAGGCAAAAUGUUGGCUGGUGCACUUCUAGAUUGUCAUCGCAACAGUCAACAAGAAGGAAAACCUAUGGCUUUGAAAGUAUUCAUUGCAGGAAGAAACAGAUUGGAGAAUCCUGGUGCGACUGAGUUAGCUAAAGUGUUUAAAACUAUCGGAACACUUGAAGAAAUCGCCAUGCCACAGAAUGGUAUUUAUCAUGUGGGUAUAACAGCAUUAUCAGAAGCAUUCAAGAGUAAUUUGAAUUUGAAAAUUCUCAACUUGAAUGAUAAUACUAUAGGAGGUAAAGGUGCAAGAGCACUAGCAAAAGUGAUUCCUAAGUUGAAAGAAUUAAGAGUUAUUAAUUUCGGUGAUUGUUUAUUAAAAACAAAAGGAACUGUUGCCAUUGCUGAGAGUUUAGCAGAGAGUGAAAACAUUGAAGAGAUUUAUCUGGAUUGUAAUGAGGUGAGACAUGAAGGAGCCAUAAAACUUUUGAAUAUUUUGGAGAAAAAGGUAAAUAUUAAAAGUUCUAUCAAUGGGAAUUGUUUCGGAGAAGAUGGCUGUCAGAGAAUCAUGAAAACUCUGCAAAAGUUCGGAAAAGCACAGAUUUUGGAUAGUUUAAGUGAAGAUGAAGGUGAAGACGAAGAUGAUGAAGACAGCGAAGAAGCCGCUUCAGAAGAACAAGAAGAAGAAGAGGAAGAGGAGGAACACAUUCCAAAUCCUGCUUCUUCAAACCCAAUUCGUGGAAUUGUCACUGUUAAAGACUUCAUGGCGUCGCCAUCGCCUGAUAAAUUGAUUGCCCUGGGUGAAAAACGCAGCGAAUUGAUUCUUGCACAUGCAAAAGCUUCGCCUACAGAUACAUUUAUAGAAUCAUUUCUGGAAGUUUUGAUGCACGUCGCAUCAAUGUCCAAUAAAUCCAAGCAAGAUCCAAUGAAAAAUUUGGUUGUCAAGUGUUGUGAACAACUCUGCGUCGAAUUAUUCGGCUGGUGUCAACGUCACGAUAAAAUCUCGAUUUUGAAUAAUACUAUAUUGGUAUACCUGAAUUUAAUCAAGAGUGAAAACAAGAAGUUUGUGCCCACGUGGGACAUCGAAGGCUGCCUGCAGACAUUUGAAGCCAUUGUGAACAAGAACUAUUUCCCGGUUUCAACGCGCGACGCACUCAAGUGUUUCAUUCAGAGAGAUGUCACAAGCAAGAAAGGCAAGCACCUCGAGGCGAAAACCAACCUCUUGCAGCAUCUACAUUAAGUAAUUGAUUAAAUGGUGGAUUAUUUAUCGAUGUAAGUUGUUUUCUCGGGGAAUAUAUCCUCUAAGUUUUA